GAAUGCCAAGAUGACUUUUAUGGGGUUAAUUGUUCAACACCAUGCACCUGUUUCAAGAAUAACACAGAUCACUGUGACAGCAUCACUGGAGAGUGCGUAUGUAAACCACACUGGACAUCGUCUGAUUGUACAGUAGACAAAAAUGAAUGUCUCGUGGAUCCACUUGCCUGUCCCAACUACUCGGAGUGUAGAAAUCUCCAACCUGGUUAUGAAUGUAAUUGUUAUUUGGGGCUUGUAAAAAACACCCAAGGACAGUGU